CACGUUGCGCCUUAAAUAAGAACUAAAUCACGUUAUUCUUAGUCCAGUUUAAUCAGAUUUGGUUAAGUUAGAUUUCCGUUCCAGGAAAGGUUAACGUUCAAAUUAAUUUAUUAAUCAUUUUAUAUAUACAAAUAUUUUUAAAGAAAUAAUUUAUUUCAAUUAUUAAUGAAGACGGCUACACAUCAAAGACUAGUUAUGGUUGGCGAUCGCGAUGGAUUGAAAGAACUUUUAAGACGACGAUUGGUGGAAUGUGGAUGGAGAGAUCAGGUUAAAUUAAUCUGCAAAGAAAUAAUAAAAGAACAUGGUCACGAUAUAACUUAUGAUACGCUACUUUCUAUGGUAACAAGUAAAGCACGAACACUUGUACCUGAUUCUGUCAAGAAAGAACUAUUACAAAAAAUAAAAAAUCAGCUUGUAGCUCAAGAAGAAAAAUUGAAAAUGUAAAAAUCUUACAGAUUUUGUGACUUUCUUUUGUUACAUUAAAUACGACUUACAUACUAAAUCUAUGUAUAUAUAGAUAUUUUUAAUAUUUGUUCUAUAUUAUAUAAACUAAAAGAGCUAUAUUUAAACAACAUGAUUUUUAAAUAGUAAUUUUCAAAACUUUGAUAUAAUAAAAUCGCAAUAACAUUGUAUUAGACAAAAAAUUGAUCUUACCAUAGUUAGUAUUUCUUUAAAUUUAGAUUGUAGGACUAAUCUGAUAAUAAAAAAUAUUUUAUAUCUUUUGUAAAUAAUUUGAAUUGUAUCUUGUUUAUAUUAAUACGUUGAGUGUCAUGCGAAUUUAUAAGAAAAUCCCCAUCAGGCCAUUUGCGUUACUUAGAAGUGCGCUGAUAUUGUAAUAUAGCCAUUGUUUCUUAUUGUAAUAGAAAAUAUUUGCGUUUAGAA